CGGGUGCGAGUCCCGCAUCCCGGGGAGCCGGGGCAGCCCCGCCGCAGAGCCCCUGGCAGCCGGGCAGGGACGGGUCCCGGGGCCGGAGCCUGCGCCAGGGAGCGAGCCCGGGGCUGCCUGGCCCCAUGGCCCCCUGAGCCCCCCCGCCCGUGCCCGGAGCGCAGCGCAGCGCGGAGCCUGCGCGCCCGCUGCGCGCCCCGUGCGCCCCCGCUGCGCGCCGCCCGCCCGGCCGGGCAUGAAGCCGCUGGAGAAAUUCCUGAAGAAGCAGAGCUCGCACCUGGCGGGCCGGGCCGGGGCCGGGGCUGGGGCCGGGCUCGGGGCCGGGCUCGGCCCGGGGGGGCUGCAGCGCCGCCAGAGCGUCUCCCGCCUGCUGCUGCCCGGCUUCCUCCGGGAGCCCGCCGCGGAGCCCGCGGGCAUGGAGCCGGCCCAGCCCGGCGGCGACGGGCGCUGGCUGGAGCUGCGGCCCCCGGACGCCGCUCUCCGGUCGCCCUCGUCCUUCUCCUCCGAGGAGCUGAGCCCCGGCGGCGGGGAGCCCCCGCUGAGCCCCGACCCCGCCGCCACCUGCUGCUGGCCCCCGGGGCCGCCCGACAGCCCCGAGCGCCUGCUGGGGGCGCUGCUGGACCGGCUCGGGGGGGGCCCCACCUCGCACGGCCAGGGCUGCGGCGCAGACGUGCUACUGGACGACGUCAUCCUCACUCACUCGCUCUUCCUGCCGACCGAGCGCCUGCUGCAGCAGCUGCACCAGCGCUUCCUGCUGGCGUCGGGGGGCCCUUUGCCCGGCUGGGAGGAGGGCGCCGCGCUCCCGAGGAAGCGGGCCGUGCUGACCGUGCUCCUGCACUUCCUGGAGACCUACAAGGGCCUUCUGCAGGAGGAGGAGAGCGCUGGGAAAGUCAUCAAGGAUCUCUACCUGCUGAUCAUGAAAGACGCCUCCCUCUACCCGGAGCUGGAAGACGAGAUCCUGAGGCUGCACCAGCUGGUGGAGACGGUGGAGCUGAAGGUGCCCGAGGAGACCCCCCCACCCAGCAAGCAGGUCAAGCCGCUUUUCCGGCACUUCCGGCGCAUCGACUCCUGCCUCCAGACCCGAGUGGCCUUCCGGGGCUCGGAUGAGAUCUUCUGCCGCGUGUACAUGCCCGACCACUCCUACGUCACCAUCCGCAGCCGCCUCUCGGCCUCGGUGCAGGACAUCCUGGCCGCGGUGACGGAGAAGCUGCAGUACUCGGAGGAGCAGAGCGCCCGUGAGGAAGCCCUCGCCCUGGUGGUGGUGGCAUCGUCUGGAGACAAGGCCCUGCUGCAGCCCAGUGAGGAGUGCGUCUUCACCACGCUGGGCAUCAACAGCCACCUCUUCGCCUGCACGAAGGACGCCAUCGAGGCGCUGGUCCCGCUCCCCGAGGAGAUCCAGGUCUCGCCGGGCGACACUGAGCUCCACCGCGUGGAGGCCGAGGAAAUAGCCAAUCACAUGACGGCCUUUCACUGGGAGCUCUUCCGCUGCGUCCACGAGCUGGAGUUUGUGGACUACGUUUUCCACGGGGAGCGGGGCCGGCGGGAGACGGCCAACCUGGAGCUGCUGCUGCAGCGCUGCAGCGAGGUGCAGCACUGGGUGGCCACCGAGAUCCUGCUGUGCGAGUCGCUGGGGAAGCGCGCACACCUGCUCAAGAAGUUCAUCAAGAUCGCAGCCAUCUGCAAGCAGAACCAGGACAUGCUGUCGUUCUACGCCGUGGUGAUGGGGCUGGACAACGCAGCCGUCAGCCGGUUACGGCUCACCUGGGAGAAGCUUCCAGGCAAGUUUAAGAGCCUGUUCCGGAAGUUUGAGACUCUGACGGACCCCUGCCGGAAUCACAAAACCUACCGGGAAGUCCUCUCCAAGAUGAACCCGCCCCUCAUCCCCUUCGUGCCCCUCAUCCUGAAAGACCUGACGUUUGUGCACGAGGGCAGCAAGACGCUCCUGGACGGGCUGGUGAACGUGGAGAAGCUGCACUCAAUCGCCGACAAAGUGAGGACAAUCCGGAAGUACCGCAGCCGCCCCCUGUGCCUGGAUGUGGAGGCCUCGCCCAGCCAGCUGCAGACCAAGGCUUACGUGCGGCAGUUCCAGGUGAUCGACAAUCAGAACCUGCUCUUCGAGCUCUCCUACAAGCUGGAGGCGAGCAGCCAGUGACAGCCGGGGGGCGCUGGGUCCGUCACACUACAGCACUUUGGCCGGCCGCGGCCCCGGCUCGCCCCUGUGCUUGGGGAGACGUGGGGCCUGCUGCUGCGGCACUUUGUGGUUUACAGAGUCGGCUGGACUUUAAACACGCGGCCCUUCCCCCUCGGGGGUGGGGUGGGGGGCGACCCCUGCUGUGCAGACGGGGUGGGCUGGGACUGGCUUUCGGUCUAGCUUUAAACUCCGGCCCAGCUGGGCCAGGCAUCCAGGGGGACCAGGGCAUGGGUGGGAGACACUGUCCCCUCUGCCGGGUGCCGGUGGGGUGGGGUGAGGAUCGGCAUUCCCCUGUGGCCACCCCCCCCCUAGGCUCCCAGCUCCCUCUCUCCCCAUUCCUGUCCUCUCUUCUUGGGUUCAUCCCUCCUGCUUCUCCCACCCGUGUGCGUUUCCCUCCUUUCCUCCAUCCCCCAGCCAGAGCAGCUGUGAUUCCAACCCCCCCCGGCUCUCAGAGGGACAGGGUGCUGGGACCCCGACCCCGCUGCCGGGGUGCUCUGAGUGCGUGUCAGACUGCAAAGGGCCCCCCCAAGGGGAAGCAGCAUUGGGGUGCUGGGGAGAAGCCCUAGCUCCAGGGCCUCUGUCCCCCAGAGUCGGUCCAGCUGAAGGCACCGCACUUCCCUGUAGUUUCAGGGCGAUAGCCCUCCCCCAUUUCAAAGCUAUGGGUUGUCCCUGCCCGCCCAGCGUGACUUGGUCCCUAGGAGUUUGGCUGCAGUAACUGACACAGGUGGGGUUUGAACCUGUGACCUACGGAUUGGAAAGCAGGAGCCACUGGAGCAAGAGCCCUAAAUCCAUUCAACAGCCUCCUGAACCUCCUACAUGGGCCGGCGGGGGGGGGGAGGCAGAGCCCCCCCAUGGGGGUUAUGGGGCCCUCCUAGCGCUCUGGGGCUGGGUUUCUUUUCCCAUUAGCCUCCCCUUGCCCCCCAGCUUCUCCCCCAUCUCUGCCCCUCGCUUACCUAUGCCAGGGCAGGGGCCCGUCUGCCUGGGCCAGCGCUAAGGGCAGUGGUGUAACCCCAUUGCCUUUAAACCCUGCCUGUCCGCCCUGCCCUGGCCCCCAGCCACCCUCCACUGCUCCAGCAGGGACUCUUCACCUGGGAUGAAGCCACCCCCCCCGUCCCAUCGUGCCCCUUGGCGGGAUGGGAGCUGCUGCCUACAGCCAGCUGCAUCUGGCCCCAAGCAGCCCCAUGGCAGCAUGCCGAGAGGAUAGCAGCCCUGCAGGAGUGAGGGUCAAGUGUGGGGUGAGGGGGCAGCGGGGGAGCCCCAGAACGCUGUUCCCUGCAAUUCUAUUUUUGUACCUGUCCUUUUUGUCACGCUGUAAACUCCACAAGGAGGUUCUCUUUCUAUAUAUUCAGGGUCUUUCUGUUCGUCGCUGCUGAUGGGCUCGCCUGCGGCCGGGGCGGCUCCCUGGCCUAACACGAGAAUGUAUAUAUUUUGUACCAAAAUGCUCUCAGUUGUAAAUUUAUUUUUUAAAAGAAAACGUCAGCUCCUUGUGUGCUACGGUGCUUUGUACAGAGACUUUUCUCCGGGCGGCUUCGGGGUGGCAGCCCUUUGCCCACGUGAGCCGGAAUGGAAAGAUGCACCGGGCAGGUUGGCGGAGGCUGUUUGGGUUCUGAGUCUAUGAUGCUUUGACUGUGCUCCAGAAGCACUGGGGGCAGGAAGACUUCGAAACAGAAGUGGCAAUAAAAGCGGCACUGUCUACUG